GGGGCAGAGCCUGCCGGAUCCCCAAGAGCAGCUGGGAGCUGAGUAGAGAACUCACUUGUCAGUGCCUGCGGAGUGCUAGUGCUACAACCCACAACCAUGGGCUGGGACCUGAAGGUGAAGAUGCUGGGGGGCCAGGAGUACAUGGUGCCCCUGAACUCCACCAUGACGGUGCCGGAACUGAAGAGGGAGAUUGCAAAGAAGGCCGGGGUGCCUGCCUUCCAGCAGCGCCUAGCCAUCCAUCCAAGCAAAAAGGUGCUACAGGACGGAUUCACCCUCACUGAACAGGGCUUGGCCCCUGGCAGCAUGGUUUUGCUGUUAGUGAAGGACUGUGAAAACCCCUUCAGCAUCCUGGUGAGGAACGACAAGGGGCGCAGCCGUUUGUAUGAGGUCCAACUGACACAGACGGUGGCAGCGCUGAAGAAGCAGGUGUGCCAGCAAGAGGGAGCACAGGAAGACAUGUUCUACCUGAGCUUCGAGGGGAGAUCUAUGGAGGACGAGCACAUGUUGGGUGACUAUGGCCUCAAGUCCCAGUGUACUGUGUUCAUGAAUCUGCGCCUUCGAGGGGGUAGGGAAGGGUUGUGAGACCAGGGCAGAGGGCCCCCUGCUGGAAUCAAGCUUUGGAAAUAAAAA